AUGGACGUGCUGGGCAAGAUUGUACAAGGCACAGGCUGUGCCAUAGACGGCACUGUAGCAGCACAGAAUCCGCUGUCACGAGCUCUGGAUAGCGUGGUGCAGUCACAGACGCGUGGACGUCAGGUGCGUGGGUCCAUGCCGCCGCACGGUCCCCGCAAUGACCUGCAGAUGCAGAUGCAGCGUCCGAAGAUAGCGCAGGAUAACAGUGCGCAGUUUCAAUCAGCUUUUGAACAGGAAGCGUACAAUGUUUCACGUAUGGAAACUGCAUUUCGCGCUGGCGUUGUCCAGCAGCAAAUGAUGCACGCGCACCCGAUCUCAAUGGAAGAGGCCUUUGAGGAGGCCCAACGCGUACAGUUUCAGCACCGACAAGGCCAAAUGCCGCUUCCAACUAUGACGGCACCACAAAGGAUGGAUUCAAGAGCUAUGCAACACGAUGCGUGGGCUGAUGAAUUUUGUACCAGCCAUUUAGAUAAUGCCUGGCAGGCCGCUGGUAGUAUAACCCAACAGGAGGUGGGAUGGAAAGAUGCCAAGGCAUCGGUGCCCAUGAUGAAGCAGCCGAUGAUUUAUUCUUCGCCGACGAUUACACAGCAAUUGGAUGUACGGCUGGAACAAGCAACACAAGUGGCUGCGAAAAAUCUGGAAACACAACAAGUAUGCAGCAAGAUGGCGCGAACUAUGAGUCAGAACCCGAACCCAAAGUGGCAGAGCAGUGAGUUCCUCAAGUUCAUGAGCCAGGUCGGAUCGGGUGAGGUGCAAAUCGACGAGGAAAAGAAUAAGGUUGUAGGUGUGGAGCGCAAGAUGGAAAGUGGACUGGAAGGAGCGUGUAAAGAAGGUAACUUAGACCUGCGUUCGAAUCGAGACAUCUUUGAUGCGAGCGGACAACAGAGCGGUGGCGCGGAAGCUAUAGCGAUGGAAAAUGCGUUUGAUUCUCACUCGCAUCCACUGAGAACGGGAGUAGCUUGGGCGGAGGGCUCAGCUAACGUUUCGGGAUCGGAUAAUGCAUGGUGGGACUCAGAGACAGCAGCGGAGAAGGCCAUGAAUAGUGCGUUGGCAGAUGACGACAACCUAGAGGCGAUUUGGGAAAAGGCUAUUGCAGAAGCUCAUACGACAGACCCAUUCGAAGACGCAUGGGAGAACAUAGCUAGCCAAGAUUACACCUACAAAGCCGAUAACCCGUUUCUGGGCUUGUCGGAGAAUUUUCAAAGGGGUAUUGAGUUUUUUAAAUCAGGGCACCUGGACGACGCAAUCCUUGCUUUUGAAGCAGAGCUGCAGCAACAUGCGGAUAAUAGUGAGGCAUGGCAAAUGUUGGGUGAGUGUCAUGCGGAAAAUGAUGAGGACAAGAGCGCUAUUGCAUGUUUGGAGCGUGCUGUGGAGGAAGAUCCGUACAACCUGAGUGCGUUGUUGGCACUCGGUGUCAGCAAUGUAAACGAGCUAAAUCCACAAGGUGCGCUGAAAACGCUGAAAGCGUGGGUGCAGCACAACCCAAAAUUUCACGGACUGGAAAUCCAAAUGGAUGAGUACAGUGAUGGAUCUUUGAUGGACGAGGUAAUGCAGCUGAUGCUACAGGCUCGGGCGCACGAUCCUAGUGAUUCGAACGUGCAGGUUGUACUUGGCGUCUUGUACAACGUGUCAAAAGAUUACGACGCAGCAGUUGAAAGCUUCAAGGAAGCUACAGACUCACGGCCGGAUGAGUAUGCGCUGUGGAACAAGAUUGGAGCGACGCUAGCUAACUCGGCUCGCUCGUCGGAGGCUAUCCCUGCGUAUCAUCGUGCGUUGGAGCUGAAGCCGCGCUACGCCCGUGGGUGGCUAAAUCUGGGAAUCAGUCACGCUAAUCUGGGAAACUAUGAGGAAGCUACAAAGUGCUAUCUGCAGGCACUGAGCUUGAAUAACCGUGCAGACCACAUUUGGAGUUAUUUAAGAAUUUGCUUUACAUGCAUGGAGCGGUUUGAUUUGGUGAAGGUGGCCGAUACGCGAGACAUUAGCCAUUUCCGCGAAGAAUUCAAACUCAUUGAUCUCUAA